ACGGCCCAGCCCGCGCCCUUCGCCUCGCCGCCUCCCCGGCCUCCGGGCCUCCGGGCCUCCCGGCCUCCGGUGCCUCGGCCUCCCGGCGCGGCCCCGCAGCAUGCAGCAGCAGCACCGGCGGCGGCGGCGGCGGCGGCUGUGAGAUGGUGGACGCGGGCGGCUGCCCGGCCGGGGAGGGCUGGCGGAGGAUGGAGGCCGCGCCCGACGGCGCCGUGGACAUCGUGCCCCUGGACCGCUACGACUCGGCCCGCGCCAAGAUCGCGGCCAACCUGCAGUGGAUCUGCGCCAAGGCCUACGGCAUAGAUGACAUCCCCGAGGACCUCAGGGACCCCUUUUACAUUGAUCAGUAUGAGCAGGAGCACAUCAAACCACCCGUCAUCAAGCUCCUGCUGUCCAGCGAACUGUACUGCCGUGUUUGCAGCCUCAUCCUGAAGGGGGACCAGGUGGCCGCCUUACAGGGACACCAGUCUGUCAUCCAGGCCCUGUCCCGGAAAGGGAUUUACGUGAUGGAGAGCGACGACACCCCUGUGACGGAUCCCGACCUCAGCCACGCACCCAUAAAGAUGAGUGCCCACAUGGCGAUGGUGGAUGCCCUCAUGAUGGCCUAUACCGUGGAGAUGAUCAGCAUCGAGAAGGUGGUGGCCAGUGUCAAGCGCUUCUCAACAUUCAGUGCCUCGAAAGAGCUUCCGUACGACCUCGAGGAUGCCAUGGUGUUUUGGGUGAACAAGGUAAAUCUUAAAAUGCGAGAGAUAACAGAGAAAGAAGUUAAAUUAAAACAGCAGUUAUUGGAAAGUCCAGCUCAUCAAAAGUCCCCCUCCAAGUGGUACUGGAAGUUAGUGCCCGUGCGCUACCGCCGAGAGCACCUGUCCGCAAGGCAGCCACCCUACUUCCCGCUGUUGGAGGACCUGAUGCGGGACGGCAGUGACGGGGCCGCGCUCUUGGCCGUGGUCCACUACUACUGCCCAGAGCAGAUGAAGCUGGACGACAUAUGCUUGAAGGAGGUCACGUCGAUGGCCGACAGCCUGUACAACAUCCGGCUUCUGAGAGAGUUCUCAAACGAGUACCUGAACAAAUGUUUCUAUCUCACCUUAGAGGACAUGCUCUAUGCUCCCUUAGUGUUGAAGCCGAAUGUUAUGGUUUUUAUUGCCGAGCUCUUCUGGUGGUUUGAGAACGUCAAACCGGAUUUCGUUCAGCCCAGGGACGUUCAGGAACUGAAAGAUGCUAAAACAGUGUCACACCACAAGAGCAGCCGGCCCCCCGUUCCUAUCUCCAAUGCCACCAAGCGCAGCUUCCUGGGCAGCCCUGCGGCGGCGAGCCCGGCUGACCUGCAGCCUUCCGCUCAGCCGCUGGCCGAGGGCAGCCACAGACACCGUCUGCACGACGAGCCUGAGCACCUGGGGAAAGGGGCCUCUGCCUUUAGCCCGUCACAUCCUUUACUGCCCCUGAGACAGAGACAGCAGAAGGCUGUGCAGGGGGAGGGCCCUCCUGAUCAGAGACACCGGUCCAAUUCUUUAACCCGAGUUGAUGCCCAGCCACGAGGUGCAGCAGCGUGGCCAGAUAAAAAGAACAGGCCCAUGUCUCAGCCGGCACCCUUUGCUCCCCACCAUGCUGUCAGCUGUGAUACGGACCCCGGCUCCAGUGACAGUGUCAGCCUGGCCCGCUCCAUCAGCAAGGAUAGUUUGGCCUCCAAUAUCAUUAACCUGACUCCGCAGAACCAGCCAGAGCCCGCGGCGCUGAAAGGCGACGGGAGAGGCCUUCUGCACAACGUUGCUAUUGAGGACGAGGAUGAGGAGCUCCUGGCCAUCAUCAGGACGGAUGUGGCUCCCCGUGCCGGUGACCGGGGCCUGCUGACAAGCGCCAGGUCUCCCCAGAGGCUGGCAGACACCCUAGAAAGUAAGCCUGACAGUUUCUUCUUGGAGCCGCUGAUGCCGGCCGUGCUCAGGCCGGCCAAGGAGAAGCAGGCGAUUGCCAAGGAGGAAGAGUGUGGGGAGGGGCGGCCACGGAGCUUCACGUCCAAGAGGCCCAGUGAGGGCCACCAGCCCCUGGUGCGCAAGAGGGCGCCCAGCAGCCACGGCGGUCGUGACUCGAGUAGGACUUUCACCCCGGUGUCCUGUCCGGAACUUCCCGUGGCCGCGGACCCGGCACCCGCUGGGCUGGGGCUGCAGGCGGCGGGGGACGCCCGCGGUGGGCUUCUGGCCAGCGGUGGCUUCGGCCUGUUGCCUCAGGCACAGUCUGCCGACGGCUUCUUCCUGCACGAGGACCCCGAGGGCAGGCUCUGCGGCGGCCGUGCCAGGAGCCCCAGCGCCCAGGACCCAGAGCCGUGGGCCGUCCUGAGGCAGGACUCGGACUCCGACGUCGCGGACCUGGAGGAAGCCGAGCAGGCCUUCGUGGGCGAGGCCCGCCCUGCGGUGAUGGCCGGGUACGCCGGUGAGGAGGAGUCAGCCAAGCUGCAGGAGGACAUGAAGGUGAAGGAGCAUGAUGACAAAGAUGACGCCAGCGGCCGCUCGAGCCCGUGUCUGAGCACCGUGUCGCAGCUCAGCAGCGUCUCCGUGGCCAGCGGCAGCGUGAAGAUGACCAGCUUCGCGGAGCGGAAGCUCCAGAGGCUCAACAGCUGCGAGACGAAGUCCAGCAGCAGCAGCUCGCAGAAGACCACGCCCGACGCCUCGGAGAGCUGCCCGGCCCCUCUGACGACGUGGAAGCAGAGGAGGGAGCAGAGCCCGAGCAGGCAGAGCGGGGAGCACGCCAGCCUGCUGGCCUCCGAGCUGGCGCAGCUGCACAUGCAGCUGGAGGAGAAGCGCAGGGCCAUCGAAGCGCAGAAGAAGAAGAUGGAGGCUCUGUCGGCCCGGCAGCGGCUGAAGCUGGGCAAGGCCGCCUUCCUGCACGUGGUCAAGAAGGGGAAGGCCGACGGCACCCCCCAGCCGCGGAAGCCAGACCACUUGGCGGGAGACUACACUCAGCACAACGGAGAGGACUUUGAUGGUGGCGUUUCCAAAACGGAGGAGUUUCUCAUGAAGGAGGAGGGGCGGGAAGGCGUGCUGCCGUCUCCAGAUGGGGACGCGGAGAGCCUGGUUCUCCUGCAACAGCAUAAAGCGAAAGCCCCCGCCGCGCUGCACGAGCUGGAGAAGAGCAGAGCGCUCCCCGCCGCCCUGCUGGAGGGCGCUGGCGAGGCGGUGGACGUGAACGAGUGCGACCUGUCCAUCGAGAAGCUGAACGAGACCAUCAGCACACUGCAGCAGGCCAUCCUGCGGAUCUCGCAGCAGCAGGAGCAGCUGCUCAUGAAGCCUCCCGCAGCCCCGGCCCCGGGCACGACGCAGGGCGCCCAGGACCAGAAGGUCAGGGCGGCCGUCCACUUCGUGGAGCCGCUCUCCCCGCCCGGGGUGACCGCCCACCGCAAAGCCGCGCGUCUCGGGCAGGGUCGGGGCUCCCGCUCGGGGAGACCAGCUGAGCUGAAAGUGCCGAAAGACAGGCAGCAGGCCUCCUCCCGCAGCAAGACCCCGACGCCUAGUGUAGAGACCCUCCCUCACUUACGGUCCUUCCCCCCUCGGACCCCCUCGGACCCGGGCUGGGACAGCGUUGCAGAGCCUGGAAAUGACCCUCAUGACAAGUGCUUCUUCGACAGCUACAGGCUCCACGAUGAAAGCAAUCAGCGGACAUUUGUCUUGUCCUCCUCCAAAGACGCAAACAUCCUGUCGGAACAAGUGAGCCUCAGAGAAGUUCUGGAUGGCAGCGUGAAGGAGGCGGCGCUCGGCUCCCCAGCUGUCUCGGGGAAAGAGAGCGUCCCCGCGGACGAGCCCCCGAGGAGCAAGGCCAGUCUCAUUGAGGUGGACCUCUCGGACCUGAAGGCCCCCGACGAGGACGGAGAGACGGAGGGCCCCCAGAGUUCGGUGGAGCUCACCAGCGAAGGCGAUCAGAAGCCGGGGGUCGGCUUCUUCUUCAAGGAUGAGCAGAAGGCGGAGGACGAGCUUGCCAAGAAGCGGGCGGCCUUCCUCCUGAAGCAGCAGCGCAAGGCUGAGGAGGCGCGCCUGAGGAAGCAGCAGCUGGAGGCCGAGGUGGAGCUCAAGAGAGACGAGGCCCGGCGCAAGGCCGAGGAGGACCGGAUCCGGAAGGAGGAGGAGAAGGCGCGGCGGGAGCUCAUCAAGCAGGAGUACCUACGCAGGAAGCAGCAGCAGAUCUUAGAGGAGCAGGGGCUGGGGAAGCCGAGAGCCAAGCCCAAGAAGCCGCGGCCCAAGUCCGUCCAUCGAGAGGAGCCGGCCUGUGAUUCGGGGACCAAGUGCUCCUCGACCCCCGACCCCCUGAGCCGGGCCCAGUCGGGCUCCAGCCUGUCCCUGGCCUCCGCGGCGACCACCGAGCCCGAGAGCGUGCACUCGGGGGGCACGCCUUCCCAGCGCAGAGUUGAGUCACUGGAAGCCUUGCCCACACUGAGCCGCAACGCCAGCAGGAGCACGGACAGAGACUGGGAAACCGCGUCCGCGGCAUCCUCUCUCGCCUCCGUGGCCGAGUACACAGGUCCCAAGCUCUUCAAGGAGCCCAGUAGCAAGUCAAACAAACCGAUUAUUCACAAUGCUAUUUCUCACUGCUGUUUGGCUGGAAAAGUGAAUGAACCUCACAAGAAUUCAAUACUAGAGGAGCUGGAGAAGUGUGACGCCAAUCACUACAUCAUACUGUUCCGCGACGCCGGCUGCCAGUUCCGAGCACUGUACUGCUACUAUCCCGACACCGAGGAAAUCUACAAACUAACGGGCACGGGGCCAAAGAGCAUCACCAAGAAAAUGAUUGACAAGCUGUAUAAAUACAGCUCAGACCGAAAACAGUUUAACCUGAUCCCAGCCAAAACCAUGUCCGUCAGUGUGGAUGCGCUCACUAUUCAUAACCACUUGUGGCAGCCCAAGCGGCCUGCGGUGCCAAAGAAGACCCAGACUCGUAAAUGACACCGGUGCCGGAGGGCGAGUCUGAAGGACGUGCGGACAGGAUUGGUAUUUAUUAUUCUCUUCCGUUUGGGUACGAAGUGUGCAUAGUCACAGACCUUUCCCAGAGAGGCUCCCAGUGAACCACGGGAAACCCUCCCUUGGCUCCCAGCACACACAGGAUGCUGGAUGGAGUGAGGAGGGGGAUGAGGCACCGUGUUCAGUGGCUCACGGAGGCCGCGGCUGCCGCUGACCUCGGAGGGUCAGACGAGGGGUACGCGUGUCGCGAGGUCUCCAGGCCGUGGAUCCCUUUACUUGAAGUUCUCCUUCAGUGUGAAUGGAAAGUGACCCCCCCCUGCUUUGUCCCCUCCUGCCCCACCCCCUCUUGCACGUGACCUGACGCCCCUCGUGCUGACCAGCUGGGGUCCCGGGAGAUGAGCUGGGGCUCGGUCUCGGGUCAGGGUGUUGGAAUGUCUUUAGGAAAGGAAUUUGAAUUGGGGGGAUCUUGUUCAUUUGAGAAAUUGUAUGAUAUUUAUUGAUUGUGUCUACUGCCAAUGUUUAUAUCCAGUUCUAAGAUUUCUGAAAAAAAUUCUCGUUCUUUGCUGCUCAGAAAACGUUUACUGAAAAUACCAGUUCACUAAAAGCACUGAAAAUCUGCAAAGUCUGUCUUCUGCUAAGCUGCCUUUUACAGGCGUGGAGACGCUUCUUGCCGGCACGCGACCGUGGUGAGCGGUACGGUCAGCUGGCGUCUGCCUGACCGGAAAUAGGCAAACGGAGCAAAUUCCAGCCAUCGCUCGUGAAGUUUUGGAUAGUACUCUAAUGAUUUGUUCACUUUAAUAAAGACAGAUUUUGGUAAAGUAGA